AUGGCCGGUGGCAGUGAUUCCAGGCAGAGGGGACAGUCGGGAUGUACUCAGACUCAGGGCAGAGUGUUUUCUAUGACACAACAGGAGGCCGAGGAAUCACCUGACGUAGUUAUGGGUAUGUUAUCUAUUUUUGGUAGAAAUGCUUGUUUCUUAAUUGAUUUGGGUGCUACACAUUCCUUUAUUUCUCAUGCACUUUCUAGCCAUGCUGAUAAAAUGUCAGAGCCUUUAAAUAGUGAAUUAGUAGCAAUGACUCCUGUAGGGGAUUCACUUUUAGCUGGACAUCGUGCUUCAGUCGAUUGUUUUCGCAAGGAAGUGAUAUUUAGAAGUCCAGAAAAUCUUGAAAUUGUUCUCACUGGAGAGCGCAGAAUUCUGCCAUCUUGUAUGAUAUCUAUCACUAAGCUGGAAAUUGACAAUAUAUCAGUUGUGCGAGAUUUCCCCGAUGUCUUUCCAGAAGACCUUCUGGGAUUACCCCUAGACAGGGAGAUUAAAUUCUGUAUUGAUUUAGUCCCCGAGACAGCACCUAUUUCACAGGUACCUUAUCGAAUGGCUCCGAAAGAGUUGAAGGAAUUAAAGAAAGAUGGCACAGUGAGAUUAUGUAUUGACUAUAGACAGUUGAAUAAGAUGACUAUUCGCAAUAAGUACCCUCUACCCCACGUUGACGAUUUGUUUGAUCAACUUUGA